UACUCGUUGGAUUUUGCAAUAUGGCCACCUCCUUGGAAGAUAUUUUACAGAAAUUACUUGUUCCCGACAACGCUGUAAUUCAACAAGGUACCAAUGAAUUAAGGGAAGCCUUUAAGAAUCCUGCUAUUGCAUCAGCCUUGUGUUCUGUAUUAUGUGGAGCACAAAACCCUCAGAUAAGACAGUUUGCUGCCGUCUUACUCAGAAGACGUAUUGUUAAACAAUGGAAAAAGGUACCUCCUGAUGAUCAGCAGCAAUUACGGGUCACUUUGCUUCAAGUUUUAACCCAAGAACCAGAACAUGUGGUGAGACACUCCGUAGCUGAGGUUGUUAGUUCCAUUGCUAAGCAUGAUUUGGUGGAAAACAAAUGGCCCGAGUUACUCACAUUCUUAACAGAAUAUACAAGAAGCCCUGUUUUAGCACAUAGAGAGGUUGGUAUGUUGGUGAUGAGUUCGGUUUCCGAUACAGCUGGUGAAAGUUUACAACCCCAUCUCAAAGGAUUGUUAUCUAUGUUUGGUACGUCAACUUUGGAUGACAAAGAAAGUAAAUUGGUUCCUUUUCAUACUAUAAAAACAAUGACUGCACUUGUUGAGUAUGUAGACACUGACACUGUGCCAAUAUUCAGACCAUUGAUUCCUAAGGUAUUGUUAGUGAUACGGGAUCUUAUCAUCCAAGAUGAAGACCAUGCUUGUGAGGCUAUGGAGUUGUUUGAUGAACUCGUUGAAUGUGAAGUGUCAAUUGUGGUUCCGCAUAUUAAAAUUCUUGUGGAGUUUUGUCUCGAGGUAGCUGCUAAUGCUGAUCUAGGUGAUAACAUUCGAGUAAAAGCACUCUCUUUUAUAAGCUGGUUAACAAGAUUGAAGAAAAAGGCAAUAUUGAAACAUAAACUGAUAGCACCUAUAAUCAGCGUCGUCUUUCCUAUAAUGUCUGCCAUACCUGAUGACGAAGAACAAGACGAUGAGUACAUGGAAGAAGCGGAAGUCAGUCGUCCAUCAGCAUUCUCAUCACAGGUUAUAGACACCUUAGCAUUACAUGUACCUCCAGAAAAGCUACUGCAGCCACUAAUGCAGUAUGUAGAACCAGCUUUGCAAAGUGAUAAUCCAUACCAUAAAAAGGCUGCUCUCAUGUGUCUAGCUGUGUUAGCUGAAGGAUGUGCUGAUCAUAUUAAGAAUAAGUAUAUUGAAGCGUUACUACAGGUGGUCUGUAAAAGCAUACAAGACAGUAAUCCAGUUGUACGCAAUGCAGCACUAUUUACAUUAGGACAGUUCUCUGAACACCUUCAGCCACACAUCAGUAAAUACCAUGCCAGUAUCCUGCCAUUGCUUUUUGAGUACCUAAAUCAAGUCAGAGCUCACCCAGCCACCCAAAAGGACCCUAUCGGUGUUACUAAGAUGUACUAUGCAUUGGAAAUGUUCUGCGAAAAUUUAGGUGCUGAAUUAUUACUGCCAUAUUUAGCUUCAUUAAUGGAGACGUUAUUAGCUACAUUGGAAUCUUCUGAGUCCAUCCAUGUACAGGAGUUGGCAAUUAGUGCAAUAGGGGCCACUGCUAAUGCUGCUAAGGAACUCAUGGUGCCAUACUUCCCACAAAUCAUACAACAGUUAAAGCUCUAUAUAAUGAACACAUUGCCAAUAAAUAAAAUGGUUUUACAAAUACAAGCAAUUGAUACCUUAGGAGUGCUCGCCAGACAGAUUGGUGUAGAACAUUUCUCACCACUCGCUGUAGAGUGUAUGCAGUUAGGAUUGAAGUUAAUUGAGGAAAUUGACGACCCUGAUCUAAGGAGAUGCACAUAUGGUUUAUUUGCAUCAAUAUCAAUAGUUUUGAAACAAGAAAUGGAACCAUAUCUUGCAGUUAUUACAAAAUUAAUGAUAGAAUCAAUUACAUCAGAUGAAGGUGUUGUGGCACAUUACAAAGAAGAAAACAGUGCGUUCAAUAUGUUUGAUGAAGAAGAGUUGUCGGCUGAAAAUGGUGAUGAAAAUAUUGGUAAUGAUGAGGACAUACAAGGUUACAGUGUGGAGAAUGCUUACCUAGAGGAGAAAGAGGAUGCUUGCAAUGCCCUAGGUGAAAUAGCUACAAAUGCUGGUGUGGUGUUUAUUCCUUAUCUGGAGCAAUGUUUUAAUGAAGUCCAUAAGAUCUUAGAUCAUCCAGCCAGCGAUGUCCGUAAAGCUGCAAUUACUUGUGUGGGACAGUUUUGUUGUUCGUUACAUAAAGCAUUUACAGAAACCAACACACCAGAUCAAACUGGAGCUCUCAAUAAACUUCUAGUUGACACCAUACCUAGUUUCAUUGAGAUCAUCAACACUGAUGCAGAUAGGACGGUUGUCAUGGCAACAUUGGAGACAAUAAAUGAAAUGCUGAAAUCAAUGGGUGGUGUUGCUAUCACUGGAGAAAACCACUUGAGUUGUUUAACUACUAGUAUCCGGAAUGUGCUGCAAAAGAAAACAUUGUGCCAAGGUGAGGAGGAAGAAAUUGACGAUAUAGAUGAUGACCAGCAAGCUGAAUUUGACGCUAUAUUAUUGGAAGAUGCUGGAGAUCUUAUUCCGUCACUGGCAGCAGCAGUUGGUGGGCAAACAUUUUCUCCCUAUUUUGCAGGAUUCCUGCCGAUGAUUCUCGCCAAAACAAAGAAAACAUGUCCGGUUUCAGACAAGUCCUUUGCAUAUGGUAUUCUAUCUGAAAGUAUUAAACAUAUGGGCGCAGCUAUUGUACCAUUUGUACCCCAUCUUUAUCCAGUCCUGAUGGCUGGAAUGAAAGAUGAUGAUGAUGAAGUCCGAAACAAUGCCAUAUAUGGCAUUGGUGUUUUAGCCAGCAGUGCUGAUACACAGAUGGCACUUGUUGAUAUGAUAAGCAGGAUUCAACAACAGUCACCUGAAGAAUUUCAAAAGAUACUCAAUUCAAUGCCGCAAGAUGUGGCUGCUAAAAUUACACUAGUUCUAUCAUCCAGCUAA